UGGAGACACCCCCAGGAACUCUUGGGACGGGAGGCGAGGCUCGUGGCACCCUGGCGGGGAAGGGGCAGCUCAGCCCUCGGGCCCUCGCCCGCCCUCUCCGGGUCUGGAGCGUCUCCCCGUGCCAUCCCUGCACCGCCAGGGGGCACAUGCCCAUCGCAGCCGAGGCCAGAGGGACCCCGGUCCUGCAGAGGUUGGAACCCUGGUCUCUGGCCACUCCCCCCACCCCUGCCCGAGCUCCUAACGCCUUCUCUUCUGUGCCCCCAUCUCCAGAGGAGGCUGCGGAGGAGGAGGAAGCCCCCGAAGAGCCGGAGCCGGUGGCAGAGCCAGAAGAGGAGCGCCCCAAACCAAGCCGCCCCGUGGUGCCUCCUUUGAUCCCGCCAAAGAUCCCAGAAGGGGAGCGUGUUGACUUCGAUGACAUCCACCGCAAGCGCAUGGAGAAGGACCUGCUGGAGCUGCAGACCCUCAUCGACGUGCAUUUUGAGCAGCGGAAGAAGGAGGAAGAGGAGCUGAUUGCCUUGAAAGAGCGCAUUGAGCGGCGCCGGUCGGAGAGAGCCGAGCAACAGCGCUUCAGAACUGAGAAGGAACGCGAACGUCAGGCUAAGCUGGCGGUGGGUGCCUCCCCUGCCCUCGGAGUCCAAAUGUUACUUCUUCAGCCAGAUGCCCAUUUUGUUGUUGUUAUUAUUAUUAUUACUAUUAUUAUUAUUUGAA